CGCGGGCCAGGCGCGGGGGGCGCAGCGGAGCGGUGGCGGCGGCGGCGGGGGAGCCUCGCAGGGCCAUGUCGGCGCCGUGCCUGCCCCUGCCCGCCGCCGGCUCAGCACCGGCGGAGGCGGACAGCGCCGGAGGCAUGGAGCCGCCCGCCGGCACCACCGGGACCGGGAGCAGGACCGGGGCCGCCGGCUUGGAGCUGGCCCUGGAGGAGGAGCUGGCGCUGCUGGCCGCCGCCGGGGAACCGCCGGAGCCGCCGCCCGUCGCUGCUGCUGUCGCUGUCGCCGCCGCCGCCGCCCGGGACCCCGAGCUGCUGUCGUUGAUCCGGCAGAAGGAGAAGGACCUGGUGCUGGCGGCGCGGCUGGGCAAGGCGCUGCUGGAGCGCAACCAGGACAUGAGCCGGCAGUACGAGAGGAUGCACAAGGAGCUGACCGACAAGCUGGAGCACCUAGAACAAGAGAAGCACGAACUGCGGAGGCGAUUUGAGAACAAGGAGGGAGAAUGGGAAGGAAGGGUGUCUGAACUGGAAAGCGAUGUGAAGCAGCUGCAGGAUGAGCUAGAGAGGCAGCAGGUUCACCUGCGUGAAGCCGACCGUGAGAAGACACGGGCUGUCCAGGAACUCUCCGAACAGAACCAAAGACUCCUGGACCAGCUCAGCAGGGCGUCUGAGGUGGAGCGGCAGCUCUCCCUGCAAGUCCACACCCUCCGGGAGGACUUUCGGGAGAAGAACUCCUCCAGCAGCCAACACAUCGUGCGGCUCGAGAGCCUCCAGGCUGAGCAGGUCCUUGAAAUCAAAAUGCUGACAGACAGAAAGCGGGAGCUGGAGCAUCGCCUUAGUGCCAUGAUGGAGGAGAAUGACCUGCUCCAGGGAACCGUGGAGGAACUGCAGGACCGAGUCCUCAUCCUGGAGAGGCAAAGCCAUGAUAAGGACCUGCAGCUGCAUCAAAGCCAGCUGGAGCUCCAGGAGGUGCGGCUAUCCUACCGGCAGCUGCAGGGGAAGGUAGAAGAGCUCAGUGAGGAGAGAAGUCUCCAAAAUUUCAAUACAACCAGCACAUCCCUGCUAUCUGAGAUAGAGCAGAGCAUGGAGGCAGAGGAGCUGGAACAAGAACGAGAACAGCUGAGGCUGCAGCUCUGGGAAGCAUAUUGCCAAGUACGAUAUCUCUGCUCCCAUCUCAGAGGAAACGACAGCGCAGAUUCCGCAGUCUCCACAGACUCCUCCAUGGAUGAGUCUUCAGAAACCUCAUCAGCCAAAGACGUCCCAGCUGGUAGCCUACGGGCAGCUCUCAGCGAGCUGAAAAGACUGAUACAAAACGUGCUGGAUGGGGCAGACUCCACGAGCUCUCGGCGAAGCGAUGAUGACACCUUGGAGGAACAGAUCAGGCGAACAAGUGAGGACUCACGAGCCCUGCGGGAGUUAAUGGAGGGAGAACGGGGGAAACUGAGACAGAGUUUGGAGGAGCUGCAGCGACUGCACAGCCAGGUCACACUGCUGAGUGUGGAAAUGACGACGCUGAAGGAGGAGCGGGACCGGCUGCGAGGAGCUGCUGAAGACAAGGAGACGAGCGAACGGCUCCUGCAGGCCAUCAGGGACCGAGAUGAGGCCAUCGCCAAGAAGAAUGCGGUGGAGGUGGAGCUCGCCAAGUGCAAGAUUGACAUGAUGUCCCUCAACAGCCAGCUGUUGGAUGCCAUCCAGCAGAAGGUGAACCUCUCGCAGCAGCUGGAGGCCUGGCAGGAUGACAUGCACAGGGUCAUUGACCAGCAGCUGAUGGACAAACACCCGAAGGAAUGGAGCCAGCUUGCUUAUUCCUUCUCCAGUGGCUACGGCGCGAAGCAGAGUGCCAGACCCUCCCCCGUGUUCAGGCCGGAGCCGCAGGGGGACGAGCCCGUCGGGGCAGAAGGGAACCGUCUUUUUUCCUUUUUCAAGAAAAAUUAGUUUGAAAAAGAGAAACCUCUCCACCAAUUCCUGCUUCAAGAUGGGGAGGGGGGCAGCUGCCCCAUUUGCUGAUGGACCCAACUGAUCCACUAGGAAAAAAAAGGGGGCAAAGGAGUUAACCCUUGAGACUCUGCACUAUUUACACCGCACCUGGUCUGAACCAAAUGUUUACAUGAAUUGGAGAUUUGCAAAUUGACAAUGUGCUACUAAUUGAAAGCAAUUAUUCUUUAAGCGAAGUGGUAAACUUCAGGGUAUAUUUUAGGCGCUUUGACACAGUUUAGUUUCUGCUGUGAAGAAUAAUCUGAUUGUCUUAAAAGCAUUCUCAUGCUGGAGAAGGAAAUAAGCAGCCCCAAGACAAAGCAGAGCAGGAGAGUGGGAACUACCAUCACAGUGAGUGCAGGGGGGAGAAGAGAGCUGAGCGCAAGAGGAGAGAGAAGUUCAUUAUACCGCCCUCCAGGCCUGGCAGCUGUGAUAUCCUUCCAUCCAUCCCGCUGAGACUGGAGUUGCUCCAGCCCCAGCAUUGCCAUAUUUUGGCAAGUGAAGCUUUCCCUACAGCGGAAGAUGAACCCUCACUGCACAUCCUGCCUGUGCACUGUCCCCCCACUGUGGCUCUACGUAGCUCCUCACCCCUCACUGGGAAGCCAGGCUCCUUGCAGAUCAGGGCAGUUGUAAGCUUGCUGAUGUUACCGUCUUCUACAGCUCCCUCCUGUUACAGAGAGAAGAGUUGCAGAGUCUGCAGUUGCACAAAAAUAUUAAGGAUUUCUCCCCAGAAGAUUGACCAUUUACAACAGACUACAAACUGAGUAAUAUUGUGGAUGUUCAGUUCUGGGGCACCUACUGUCCCACUGAUGGCAAAGGUAGCUGUGGAACUUCAAGUCACACGCCUUUCCCCAAAGCCAUGUACCCCUCCCAAACUAAGAAACCUGUUAUUUUAACUGCAUAGCCACCCCACCCCCCAAAAAAGAACUCAUCGAGAGCCUAUCCAUAAUGAAAUCUAUGACCUACUGAUGCUGGGUUGGCAGACACGAUCCUUAGAAAUCAUGCACACACCUACCUUCACUAAACCACAGGCAAUUAGGGCACCUACAAAGCUCUGGAGAUCCAGUAGCUUGCUCUUUGCCCCCACACAGUACUAUUAGCUAUGGCCUGAUGUAAAUGGACAGCAUUUGUUCUUCCUGUGGGUCGUUUACUACUCAACCCUUCGGCAAGCAGGUUGCCAAAUCUCCUUUUAACUGAAGAUGAUCAGAUCCUGCUUUGCUGUAACCAAGACUUGAUCAGUGAUAAAGAAAAAAAAAAGCUUAUUUGGUGUAUGCACACAGUGGUGCUGGAAAUCCUGCAAUACGUUUCCCUACGCACUGGACGGGCACCUUACAGCUCUUCCCUUUAACACAGUCUACCUUCAUAAAACAGUGAGUUACACCAGGCCACGUUCAGAGAUGUCCUGCUGCUGUUAUGCAAUUUUCACACGUUCUCCCAGCUCACAAUACCCACAGCCCCCGAUUUGUUUCCCCGUUGCUUUGAGGAGGCUGCCCCCUACGCUGUCCCACAGGAGAUGGAACGACGUACACAUUCAGCUCCGCCCUGCUCAGCAACUUAGGUGCUAAAACACCAUCCUACAGGAAGCUGCUCAUCUCUGCUCAGUAUUUACCGUCACAGGCUUUCUGCUAGAAUUAGGUAUUGAACACCUCCUUCUAAGAAGCAGGUAAGAGCUUGGUGGGUUGUUUUUGAAACUAUUUAACUUACCUAGUGCAUAGGGCAUACAUAAUACCUCAGUACAAAUAUCCCUUCUGCCUACAAAGAUUUGUGCGUUCCCAUUUUUCCUUAUUAGUAUGAAGCUGCCACUGGGCCAUUCUGCAAGGAGCAGAGUACUCUUUGGGAUUGAGAAUGAUGAUAAAAACCUGAGUGGUAAAACACAUUUACCUGAAUGCAAUGAAGCCUGGAUUCUAGAACCUACUCCAGGAAAUUCUUAGGUAAAGCACCACCAACGUUGUCUGAUGCUUAGAGAGUCUGUAGCCUCACUGGCAGGAAAGAAAAUGAAAUCUUUUGUCUCUCUUCCACUGAGUGCCUGCUUGUAUCCACUUGUGCAAGUGAAGGAAAGGGGCUUAGCGCAGUGCCAAGCGUGCUCUCAGGAUGGCGAACCCUCAUCGUCCCAUCGUACCUAGGCUGUGACUCUUAACAGGGCAGAGACACGAGGCAUGUGCUCAGCAUCUCCUGCUGUCAGGACUCAGUUAUGCCCAUUGGCAUUGACAAACUGAUACCUGCAGAAUUAGGCGUGGACUGAUGGAUGCCAGCGAUACCUGUGAACAGUUGUCAUCCAGUGUUUCUGUGGAAAUGACACUGCGUAUUUUUGGGAGAGCCAUGUGAACAUCUUGGUCUUCACAGCUCUUUUAUUCUGCUGUCAGCUGUCAUCUCCUGGGCCCCAACAGCUCUUCAAACCACAAACCCAGCAGCUGUGUGGGACUCCGUCCCUGUGAGGACAUCUGUCUGUGUGUAUGUAUGCAAUCCUAAGGCAAGGGCCUUAAGUUAUCCAAUGAAGAUGCAGUAAUGAGAUGAAGAAAGGUGCCUUCUGCUACAUGUUUGCUGAGAGGAAAGUGACUCAUUCGGUUGCAGGAGUAGGCAAUUGAAAUGCACAGCACAUCUCUUCAUUUAAGGAGGAACCUAUUUAAUCCCAUUGAAAUUUUAUUUAUUUAAUAACAGUGAUGGAAGAGAUUGCAAGAAGAAAGUCAGAACGUUCCAACGUGCCAGUUGGAUGUGCUUUCUUAAAACUAACCCCUUAAUCCGAAAGACUUAGUUGCACUACUAAACCCAGAAAUACAAGAAAAUUGGGUUUUAAUGAACUGGACAACAGACCAAAGGAGACCUCCUUGUGCUGAGCUGCUACUCAAUAGGAACAGAAACUGCCUUAACAUAGCAGCUAGGUUUUGUUUUGUUUUUUAAAAACUUCAUCAGUGCAGUCCUUUGUGUUCUCAUUUGUCAUGUCAUGUUUUAACAAGGUCCCGUCUAUUUCACCUUGAACUGUCGUUAAAACACUCACCCCCAUUCUGUAACGGCCAGGAACCUGGAAUUGUCCUUGCAGUGUUGGGUUAGGAGUCACUCACUCCACUUGUGAUACUUGAUACUUCUAAGACACGUGGCAAAAAGGAAACAUCAGCUCCAGUGAAUGAGAUGGAGGGAGCGCAUUAAUCCAGCAGGUACUCAGGAUCCCAAAGUAGAUUUUAAGAGUGGGAUCAGCAGCUCCAAACACAGCACUCACCCUUACUAUUGAGAUAAUGGUUAAGAAACCAGUCGUGCUGCACAGUCCCUGUUGCACAGAGAGAAGAUGCCUGCUGAGAUUAAGGUUACAAAGAACUUUCCCACAGUUAAGUAACAGGUGGCUGGGCAAGCAUUGACUAUGCUAGCAUAAGGGAAAGGGGAUAAAUCUCCCUUUAGCAAACUGCAAGGGAAGCAAUGGUAAACAAGAAACAUGUACAUGCAAAUGAAAGGCAAGUCACUAGCACUUUAUAUUAAUAUAAACUUAGAUCAGCAACUUGCCAUCAAGAUGGAUGCUAGAUCAAUUAAUGACAACGGAAUAAUUUUGCACAGAGCAGUGAGAAGUGAGGUUACAGGCAGUGCUGCAUGCACAAGGACUUUAUAGCUGUAUGCACUUGUCCUACUUAGGAUGGUAAAUUCCAGAUAUGCCUCUGCAGCAGGCAAACUCUCUACUCCCCACUCAGCUAUAAAAAGCAAGAUUGUUUUAACCAAAAGCCAAGAAAGGAAGCGUCUGGGUGCUGCAGGAACAAUUCCCUUAGAUUGAAAGGGAAAAAGCACACAGCAGGGACAAGCGGAAAGAAUGUAUCUAUAGAUAUGUACAUAAACCACAGUGCUGUAAUUUUUGUAUGUAGCAGUAAUGUAAAUAAAUGUAUGGUUUUUAUAAGAUACAUAUUAUAAAACUCUAUAAAGGCAUAUUUUUAGUAAAAACAAUGCUCUACUUCUUUUGUAAAUAGUUCUCUUCAGAAUAAAACAGAUCAUUUAUACGAUACCGUCUCAGCUCAAGUCACUGCUUAUCCUGCCUAGCUGCAGAACAAAGUCACUUCUUGAACCAUCAUCUUAACACCUAGCAGCAGCCUUAGUACCUCACCACCCAAAGAAAUUCACCCACAUAAAGAACAUGCACACGUUCAGAAGAGAACAGUCCUGGAGAAAGAACAUUUGAAGCACAUCUGCUGCUGCACAGGAAAAUAGAAAGGCAAACUCAAGUCUUCACCACCAUCCAGCCAUUUGUAUCACUGGCCUUUAUCUGGAGGGAUAUUCAAACUUAACGGGUUCAGACAAAACACAAGCGACAAUGAAACACACCCGGCUUGCCCCAGUUGGGGUUUGACCAUCUGUGUUCUGAGGAUUCCCCUGUCUGCGCGGUCGCAGCAGGACAGCGCAGGCAGAAGAGGCAUCUUUCCACAGCAAAUUUUCAUCACGCUUCUCGAGAAGCGAGGACCUGCCUUCAGUAGCCUGCUUGUGUACCAAGUGCAGGGAGCGAUAAACUGGCAGCAAGCACAUGGUGAUAGUUGCAUAGCUCCUGUACAGAAACACAAACAUUCAGAAACCCCUGUGAAAGCAAGGAGAGACUCCAGAUGCUUUUUACACGUGGGGUCUGACCCCUGCUGCCUUGGAUGAAAUGCUUUCAAGCUCUCUCAACACUUUCUGUAGAACAAAGAUUCUAGCAAAAUCAUUUAGCGCCUCUCACACAGAAAUAAGGGUAACAGUUCUAAUCUACGCUUUGAUUCACAUUUAAAACUACAAUAGCAACCAAGGAUUUGAAAGCAUGAAUUUUUGUUUUGCCAACACCCCCUGCCAGAAAGAAAAACCCUCCACAUACAGCAGAAGGCUCAUCCCUGGCUUGCCACCCUCCACCUCCAGAUGCUGGACUGCAGAGGAAACAGAGCCUCGAAAAAGAUUUGGCAGCUUGUAACCUUUAUUUUUAGUUUUUUAAAAUUAUUUAAAAAGCAUAAUUAGAAACUUUCAUUACAGAAAUAAUCCUAGCAAACCAGUUAGACAUUCCAUUGCUCGACAUUUAGGAAACUUCACAUCAGCACACCACUAGAGAUGCAGUCCCCACCCCUUCCAAUUGAAUAGUCGGUGGCAAGAGCAGAUAUAACUGCUCCUCUACAGCCAGCACUAGAAAAAAAAAAAUCCCACUUCAAGCCAGGAGGCUGGACACCUGGCUUGGCAGAGUUCAAAUUGUGGCUACAAAGACCUGGACUCAGAGAGGACCAAUCUUUCCACAUAAGAGAACACUCCAGGCUUGGGUGCACCAUUUCCUCAUUUUAUUGCAUCAAUUCCAGUAAAUUCAGACAUUUUCUUUACUUUUUCUGCCUGUACGAAGUUGCUCCCUCCUAGACCUGCAGACUCGCUACCACAAGGGUCCCAAAGUAAUGCAGUUGGGCCCUUUAAUCUCGAAGUGGUAACUGUCACAGGACAGCUCCGUUUCAACAGGAAGGCUCUGAGGACUGACAGAGCUCCUUCCCUGUGCAUACACCACAUUCAACAUCAGAAAGCAGACAGGAUGGACACCUGGUGCAACUUAAGCUGCCACUUUCCAUAGCCGCUCGAGUCUUACGAAUAUAUGAGCUCACACUAGCAUCCCAGCUCAAUCUUAUUCUUGGGUUACCAAUGAAAGAUAUGUGAAGGAAACAGAUGGGUGAAGGCAGCUGGAAAUGUACUCCCAGCACCUGAACUGAUUAAAAUCGUGUUACACAUUCAUCGUUUUCUUUUUUUUUUUUAAAAAAAAAGGUCCUUAAAGUGAUUGAUUGUGAUGUGAUUGUAUGAUUAGGACUCUUACCACAACCCGUAAAAGCUA